AUGCCCCGAGCAGUGCGCCAACGACCCGGAUUGGAAGAGUCAAGUGCGCCGGAUGACCUCUCUUCACGUCGAGCCAACGAAGAUGAAGAAAGGAAGUCGGAGGAACAACAUGACACACCGACUUCCUCCGCGUUUUGGCAUGCGAGUGCAAACGCCGUCGAAGCAGCGGUCGAUUUUUCGGAGCCGUCGACAUUUGAAGAAGCAGUGUCUGGCCAGGACCAAGUACACUGUGUUGAAAAGACAGCGGCUGUGAAGAAGACACCUCGUCAAGCUGCGUCAAGUGUUGAAGCAAGUGGAAGACCAAGCUUCGCUAUACCGGUGGGUACCGGUAUGUACCAGUAA